AUGACGCAGUUUUGUAGUCCAUUUGACCUCAGUCGCCGGAAAAUCUGCUGUUAGCUAACGCAGAAGUUGUGUAACGGAGAGAAACAAAAGGACGCGGCGUAGUGGCGACUCAAUCGUUUCGUUCCUUAGGAGUGUCCAGACAUACUUCUUUGGUCUAUUUAUUUAGUUUUCAACAGGAAACAACAAUGUUUUCGCUUUCAACCUCGUUUCAGCCCCAACAGAUGGUCUUGCCCCUGAACCAGCUCAUCAAUGCCUUCCACUCUCUGAAGAGCACAGCCACUGCCUCUGUCCAGACCCUCAACAAAGACUUCACCGCAGACCACAGUUCAUAUCUUAAAGAGCCAUGUGUGACUCUGCGAGACCUCGGCCUGUCAGAGGUCAGGACAGGUCAGCUGGAGGAGCUGGUAAACAGGUUACUCCCCACGCUCGGACCAGAAGAACCCCCCACCGUUCCUUCAGUGUGGCGGACCAGUCACAUUUCUUCAGACAGCUUCUUCCAGAACAAAAAUGGAUUUUCACAGAGUAGACUGGGGGUUUUGGGCUCAUCAAUAUUCCACAGACAACACCGUAGCCCUUUAAAAAACGUUUGCGCAGAGCUUCACAUGCUGCCUGUGUGGAUCCAGAGUCGGGGUUUCAAGACACUCAGACGGAGCCGCAGGAUGGAGUCUCAGUAUCAAAGUGUUGCGGAGCCAGACUCCUACACGCCGUCUUUCAUCAAGGGUCUGCGGCUGAAGGAGGCCCCUGAGGCUCAGUCGCUGGACCAAAUGGUGAAGGAGAAGAAACUCCCUGAGAACCAGCAGGAAGCCUUUAAGACAGGAUUCGCUGAGGGGUUCAUGAAGUCCCAGGCCUACACACAGAAGACACAAUACUCGCUGUGGAGGACCAGGCUGGUGGUGCUCGUCCUGGUGUUGAUCGGCAUCUACAGUCUGGCCAGAAACCCUUUUCUCUCGGGUAAAGGCUCGUUUUCUGAUGCUGUGAGGUUCCGCACCACGUCUGGGCUGGACUCCGCUGUCGACCCAGUCCAGAUGAAAAACGUGACAUUUGAACACGUCAAGGGAGUGGAGGAGGCGAAGAAUGAGCUGCAGGACGUGGUGGAGUUCCUGAAGAACCCUCAGAAAUUCACUGUUCUGGGUGGGAAGCUGCCGAAAGGGAUCCUCCUGGUGGGACCACCCGGGACUGGGAAGACUCUCCUGGCUCGAGCUGUUGCCGGGGAAGCCGACGUUCCCUUCUACUAUGCUUCCGGAUCAGAGUUCGAUGAGAUGUUCGUCGGCGUCGGUGCCAGUCGCAUCAGGAAUCUCUUCAAGGAGGCUAAAGCUAAUGCGCCCUGCGUCAUCUUCAUCGAUGAGCUGGACAGCGUUGGAGGGAAGAGAAUAGAGUCCCCCAUGCAUCCGUACUCCAGGCAAACCAUCAACCAGCUGCUGGCUGAGAUGGACGGGUUCAAACCAAACGAAGGUGUCAUUGUUAUUGGUGCUACAAACUUUGCUGAAGCUUUGGACAACGCUCUUGUGCGGCCCGGGCGCUUCGACAUGCAGGUGACUGUCCCACGACCCGAUGUGAAGGGUCGCACUGAGAUCCUCAACUGGUACCUGUCCAAGAUCAAAAUGGACUCUGCUGUGGAUGCCGAGAUCAUCGCCCGAGGCACCGUGGGCUUCUCUGGAGCCGAGCUGGAGAACCUGGUCAACCAGGCCGCCCUGAAGGCAGCGGUGGACGGGAAAGACAUGGUCACGAUGAAGGACCUGGAGUACGCAAAGGACAAGAUCCUAAUGGGCCCCGAGAGGAGGAGUGUGGAGAUCGACAAGAAGAACAAAACCAUCACGGCGUACCACGAGUCGGGUCACGCCAUCGUGGCCUACUACACCAAAGAUGCCAUGCCCAUCAACAAAGCCACCAUCAUGCCUCGAGGCCCAACCCUGGGUCAUGUGUCGCUGUUGCCCGAGAACGACCGCUGGAGCGAGACCAGAGCUCAACUGCUGGCUCAGAUGGAUGUCAGCAUGGGAGGGCGAGUGGCGGAGGAGCUCAUUUUUGGGGACGAUUACAUCACGACAGGAGCUUCCAGUGACUUUGAUGGAGCCACCAAAAUCGCAAAGAUGAUGGUGACAAGAUUCGGCAUGAGUGACAAGCUCGGGGUCAUGACCUAUGGCGACGUCAGCAAGCAAAGUCCGGAGACCCAAGCCGCCAUCGAGCAGGAGGUCCGGGUGCUCCUGAAGGACUCGUACGAACGCGCCAAGAGCAUCCUGAAGACCUACAGCAAGGAGCACAAGAAGCUGGCCGACGCCCUCCUCACCUACGAGACUCUGGACGCCAAGGAGAUCCAGAUGGUUCUGGAGGGCAAAUCUCUGGACCACUAGCUUACCUCGUUUUAGAAAUCUGUAAAUAUUAUUGCGAUGCUGUGCCGUCGAGCUCGGGCCUUUGUGAGGCCUCUCACCUUUCAUGUCUAAACUCUCUUGGUUUUUUUUUUAGCUUGGCAUCAGUUUUAAAAGAAUCACAGAACGUAAAUUGAAUGAUAACAAGACGAUUGGUGAUCCAGGCAGUUCAAUUACCUCAGUCGGUUCUCAGUGUCUUUUUUUAUUUAUUGGAGACGCAACGACGACGGUGGCGUUGUGUCGGCGUGUUUGCGGAUCUGUCUGUUCUUCGUCCUCCAACUCUAAAUAAAUCUCAAAAUGUGAAACCCUCUUUGACU